AUACGGGACUUAAAAAGCCAAAAGUUUGUGAAGCUCAGCAUCGUCCACUGCCCACCAGUCACCAUGGCGAUUAUUAGGAGGCCAGAUCCCAAGUUUCAGCUGGGCUUCAGUGUGGAGGACGGCAUUAUCUGCAGUCUGAUGCGGGGCGGUAUCGCAGAGAGAGGAGGCAUUCGUGUUGGUCAUCGCAUCAUUGAAAUCAACGGGCAGAGCGUUGUCGCCACAACGCACGACAAGAUCAUCCAGAUCCUGACAAAUGCUGUCGGAGAGAUUCAUUUGAAGACCAUGCCAGCUUCAACAUAUCGACUUUUAACCGGACAGGAGCAGCCCGUGUUUCUUUGAGCUUUGCCUAAAGGAAAAAAUACUGCACAGUGUUCAAGCUACCUGAACUUUUGCCAAAUUAUGAAAAUAUUAUGCAAUUUAUAAUACAGCAUAGCAUACGCUGUUGUCACAUCACUGAAUACAACAAACUAGUCUAGCUAUAUAUUUUUAAGAUUUUAAAUACAAUGUUAUAUUGUGAAAGCUUAUUUUAAAGUGACGAGGAUAGAUGGUAGCUUCCCAUUUAUAUUUAUCUGAUAUUUAACAAUGCAGGCAGUAGCUGAGAUACAAUGACUCAUAAGCAUAAUAUAUUUGGCUUCACUUGCUUUUAAAAUUGUAGUGAAUGGUGUUUAAUGUUCUGCACUAGAGUUGUUGGUCUUCCAGCCUGGUGUGUUGCCAGUGUGCCUCAGCUGAACGUGCUAAAAAGAGUGUGUGUAUUACAUUAUGAUGUACCGACAGUCCGUCAUGUACACAUGCUUAUCAACUGUCAGAGUGUCGGUGUCAGUCAGAGCGCUCUGCUUUAUAGACAAGGAUUCACGUACUGUGCCUGAGAGGACGCCGAUAUCAUGCACAAUAAAAGGUAACUGCCUUAUUUCAUAGAGAGAGAAAGAGAUGCGUAUAUUUUUAAUAAAUUGUUGUUUUGGAUGUUCAUUAAAAUGAUCUUUAAGAUC